UUGAUCGGAUACGCAGUGUCGCAGAACGAGGAAAAUAGUGCAAACAUUAUCGAAACGCAAACUGGAACAUGGCUGAUAAGGAUUAUUAACGUUCGAAGCCAUGGAACAGGCGACGAAGAAAGUGUACAGUCCGAGCACCGACUGAUAGCAGCGCUUUAGCAAGGGAUAUAAUCACACAAAGUUCGACUCUUGAAGGGGUGGCGGGAGCGGCGUCAUUCUGUGACUGUGGCAAAUGGUGAUUCGUCGCUGGCGGAAGGCGUCAAACGAACGAAUCAUCGAGGAAAACUUCGGCAUUCCAUAGAAACAAGUCAGGGGGCCAACACCAAGUGGCCUGCCAAGUGGAACAGCGACGUGUGCAUUCCUGUGUGGCCAAUGCGGUUCAUCCGAGAGGAUUAAGUGUUUGUGAUUGUUGACUUCCCGCUGCCCCACAGGCGUAGAGAAAGGAAGAACCGUGUUGCCGUGACCCAACGGGUGGCCUACCUAGAGGAAUAUCCUUCGGGAAAGUGAAUCACAGUGAAAGGGUUCUUUAUUUUGCCACCAAUCGAAUCGAUACGGCAGCGCCAUGUCCGCUGCUGUUAAAAGCGAAAGCCCCGCCACGGAGAAAACCACAAACAGCACCAGCAGCAAAGAGACCGCUUCCUCGGGUACCGCCGAGGCCGACAAAAAGGUAUCGUUUAGCAACAUAUCCCCAAAGUCGGAGUUCCCCGAUCGGAACAGUGGAAGCAACAGUAGCCCCACAUCGUCAUCGACAACAGCGAACAGUAGACCUUCGAAACGGCUGUCCGGUGGAAACAAUGCCAGCAAUCCCGCGACCAGUGCUGGGGGCGGAAGUCACGGUUCGUCAACCGAUCGAGGAUCCUCCGGGAACAACGGUGUGCCCGUGGGGAUACCGUGUGCCUGGUGCCUGGAGGUGAAACAUCCGCUCAAGUAUGUCCUACCGACGCAGAACGGCAAAAAGGAGUUUUGCUCCGAAACGUGCAUCUCUGAUUACCGGAAGGCGUACAUCAAGGGCGCCUGUAUACAGUGCGAUAACGUUAUCCGAGCGAACGGACCGAAACCGAAGUUCUGCUCUACGUUCUGCCUAAAGAAACACCAGAAGAAGGGAACCGCAGGCCUAACCCAUCCGUUGGCGGGCGAGGGUUCCUACCGGGCCGCAAACGGCACCAACAGCCAUAACAAUAACAACAGCAGCAGUCAUAAUAAUAAUAAUAACAACAACGGAAGCUCCAACGGGAGCAGUGGGCGGAAGAGUAACGGUGGCGGAAACACUUCCCCGGGGCGUGUUAGUGGCAGUGCAUCCGAUGGCACCCCGUCGGGAACGCGCGUUAGUCCCGUCACGACCACCCAGGCCGGGGCGUUUCAGUACGAAAGCUUCCACGUGUUCGAUUGGACGGAGUACCUGCGUGAAACGGGUAGCGUUCCGGCGCCGGCGGAAUGUUUUAAGCAAGCGAUCGCGCCGCCGAAGAACGAGUUCAAAAUUAGUAUGAAGCUGGAGGCGCUCGAUCCGCGCAAUAUCACCUCGACCUGCAUCGCCACUGUGGUGGGAGUGCUCGGUUCCCGGUUACGGCUCCGGUUGGACGGUGGAGACAACAAGAACGAUUUCUGGCGGUUGGUGGACUCGAACGAAAUCCACCCGAUCGGGCACUGCGAGGAUUCGGGCGAGAUGCUAAAGCCACCGCUUGGGUUCCGCCUGAACGCGAGCAGCUGGCCAACGUUCCUGUCGAAAACGUUGAAUGGUGCGGUAAUGGCUCCGAGCUACAUCUUCGUACCGGAACCGCCGACACCGAAGUGCAAUCUUUUCCAGGUCGGCCAGAAGCUGGAAGCGGUCGACAAGAAGAACCCGCAGCUAAUCUGCUGCGCCACCGUGAACGAGGUGAAGGAUGACCUGAUUCACGUCACUUUCGAUGGAUGGCGCGGUGCGUUCGACUACUGGUGUCGGUACGAUUCGCGCGACAUUUUCCCCGUCGGCUGGUGCGCCAAGAGUUGCCAUCCGAUGCAACCACCCGGGCAGAAAAACAAACUCGACGGUAGCGGGCACCGGUCCAAGCAGAGCCGGACAUCGUUCGCGAUGGUCUCGGAAGCCCCGGACACGAUGCAACCGGCCGUACUGGUGACGGCACACUUUCACAGCGGAUGUCGCGGUGGUCCGCUCAUCAACAGCUCCAAGCUGCCCUCGAUGAUGACCGCCCCGAACCAUCAGACGCUGGCAAAGCUGUGCCUGCAGGAAGUGUUGGCCGCAUCGCGCGACCAUUCACAACUGUCCCCGCUACUAUUCGGCCUCGAGGGCGAUGUGCACAUCGUAACGGCUGCGGGGAAAAAUUUCACCGUCAAAAUCCCUUCCUACAUCAAGCAGAAGGGAAACGCGGGGGUUUCCGAGUUCCUGGACACUCUGUGCGUCACCUGUCAGGCCUGCCCGCGGCUGAUCACCCUCGAACCCGGUCCGGAACAGUGCGAAGAGUGUUUGAUACUAUCGCCGCCGCUCAAGCGACAAAUUAAAACGGAACCACGCGCAACCGCCGCCGCGAGUCCCCCGCCGACGACCGCCUCGUCGCCGAAAGCGUCCGCCACGGGACGAUCCACCUCGGAUGAGUCGACAAAGAAAGAAAGAGACCCGUACCGGAGUCCAUCGCCGAAGCGGAAAGCAAGCGGCGGUGGCGAUCAGAAGGUAUCCAUUGGAUCCGACGACUCCAGCACGACCGCAUCUAGUACGAAGGCACGGGAACGAGAUGAGCCAAGCUCAUCGUCGACGGCACAUUCAAAGUCCAACUCUAAGGAUCGGGGGCAGAGUGAUGGCAAAAGCAGCAGGACAGAGGCUUCCGCAACUAAUAAAUCUUCAUCAUCGGGCUCGCAAACAAGUAAUAGUCACGGCAAGCCGUCAUCACUUUCGGGAGCUGCAGCAGCAACCAAAACGACAAGCCAAGGAACGUCAACGUCCACCGGCAUCGUCAAAGUGGAAGCGCAAAGUGGAAACGUGGCGGACGUUGGGGCUGCCCAGGCAACGGCAGCCGUUGCCGCAACGUCCUCGAUAGCCGUCCCAGCGGCCGCGGCUGCAGCCGUCCCGUACCAUCCGGCACCGGUAGUUCCUCUGAUGGGCACCAGCACUAGCUCGCAGCUGCCCCCAGGUGCAUGCACUCUCGGACCGGCCAUGGCGAUGACGUCCGUUCCGGGCUCACUGCUGCCGGUGGUCGCAUCUACAUCGUCACCGUACCAAGCGGUGGCCACGGCACCCGGUGCACCCACCUGCGCAAGCACCGGCGCUGGCUAUCAUCAUCUGACCGGGGCACCAUCUGUGCCGUCCGCAGCGGUUGCCUUCGUGCCGCAAACCAUCGUCCCGCAGAUGCCCCGCGGCCAGACGACCGACUGGACGAUCGAGGAUGUGAUACAGUUCAUCGCCGUGCAAGAUCCUGCCCUUGCCAUCCAUGCCGAUCUCUUUCGGAAGCAUGAAAUCGACGGCAAAGCACUGCUUCUGCUUAACAGUGACAUGAUGAUGAAGUACAUGGGGCUUAAGCUGGGACCGGCGCUUAAAAUCUGCAAUCUGGUCAGCCGCGUCAAAGGCCGACGACAUAAUUUAUCUUCCCUGUAAGCAUUUGGUUGGUUGGUUGGUUGAGAGCGGUCGUUGGUAAUGAACGUUGGGGGGCCGUAAAUUGGGAUUGUUUUCCAAUUUAUAAAUUGUAAUUUAUAAUUUUAGCAAUCCAGUACAUGCUUUCACAAGUUUACGGAUUUAUCUUUCUCACCACCCUUCACUUUACAUACAGCACAAGGCGUGAGUUUGAAUUUUUCUCUCUUCACAAACACAAACACUACCGAAAUGAGUAGCUAUAUUUCUUUUGUAUCGAAGAAUAAUAGGAACGAAGAUGGAAAUGAAAAGGUCCUUUUCUCUCUAUCAAAGAAUAGUGCCAGUUUGAUUUUCAACGGCAUGAUUUUCUUCGCAUAAUCUGUGUUUGCGAAGUGUACAAACAUAAAUAAAAUAUUUAUGAUUGCCUGCAUU